AAUGACAAGCGAAAAAAUAACUAUUGUACGGUUUUUUAAAUGGAAUGUAUACACAUAACUCUAACACCUUAGGAAUGAGCUAUGUUGUGCAGUAGCCUAUAACACGCAAUGUGCUUUAUAAUGUACAGGAAAAUAAUCAAUAUGAAUAUAUAGUCUCCAUCGCUGUGCUUGACUUGCAGUUGGUGCUAAGGUGUAAUUACGUCAUUCUAGGUGGAAACAAAGCCGACUGGGUGCCUUUUUAGCACCACACGCGCGCGCGUGAGAACGCCGACGGCUCGGUUCCAACAGCUACCGCAAAUCCGGUCCCGGAGUGAAGGCACAGUCCCAUUAUUGGAAUACAAUACAAAAUAUGAUAAAGGAAGGAUUUAUCCGAACGGGGGUGACUGGGGUUCGAAUCGGAUCUUUUGGCUGGUUAUUUACUACGGUGUCCGACUGGAAUGCAUAUUAUGGUGUAUGUUUCAAUUGACGAAUGAAUGUUGUGCGUCAACUUCGCAUUGCUGCCGCCUUGUUUUGGUGACUUUGAGGAAUCUAUACCUUUUGAAUGCUCACUCGGAUGAGAGCAAAUGGAAUCGUGCGUUAGGGUCAUCCUCCUAUCUCUCUCAUAAGGGGGACAGGUCUCCCUUGUGUUUGAGACAUUCCAUUUCAAUGGCAUCCCCUGUACAGUAUACUUAAAGAAUAGGAGACUAACGAGGAUAUCAACAUCUAGCUCCAUCCCACACCACAUGCCAUGGAUCCCCUACCAGAGUACUCCCUGUUCCUUGUCCGGAUCCUGGAGGAACUAGACACUAAACACAGUAGUGUGUCCUACCAGGACCUCUGUAAGUCCCUGUGUGCCCGCUUUGACCUGGUCCACUUGGCCAAGCUACGGAGCCUUCUGUUCUACACAGCCUGCCUGGACCCAGCCUUCCCUGCCACUCUCUUCAAAGACAAGAUGAGAUGUACUGUUGAGGACCAGCAGUCUAAGAAACUCAUGGUGGCAGCGGAUAUCGUCACUAUGUUUAACCUAAUCCAAAUGAACGGGGGGAUCGCCAAAGAUAAGUUCCCGAUGGCACCACCGAGGCCCAAGUUCCACAAGAACCAGUCGUUUGAGUCAUGUAGGUCCGACACUGAUGUUUAUAAGUACCAGGACUAUGAGAAGGGCGGCGGUUAUGACCUCAUGGAUCAACCCUCCAGGGCGGGUCACCACCCCCACCAUCGCCCCAUGUCCCAAAACAACUCCUCCCACCCCUGCCCACACCCCCAUCCCCACUCCGCCAGCUGCAGAUCCAACUGCAGCCCGCAGUUUAUCCCGACCUCUGACCCUAACUUCUUAUUGGGCGUCAACAAGGAUCUAAAAUGUCGAGCAGCAUCGCUAGAUAAGCUGCAGCACCUGCCCCAGUACUUGAGCUGCAGUCCUCCCUCGCCGCCCUGUGAGAUGCAGAGCACCUACUUUCCCAUAGACAUUGACAGUGAGUCCACCACAGACCAGGAGUCCCUGCAACACAUCAACCACACGGAGCCCUUCUCUGUCCACUCCUGUGUCCAGAAGAGAAACAUCUUCAAGGAGGAUUUUCACAACCUGCUAGCGUUCUCCCCACAGGUCAUCACCUCAGAGUGCAAGCCAAACAUCAGGGCAACUGGAGGCUACCACCGGAGAGAGCUCCACAAACCUGCCACGUUCUUCAACCACAGCUUCGAGCUGCCCUACAGUAACCCCUACUUUGAGCCUACUAUGAACUCGCCCAUUCAGGAGAAACGGCGAGCGAAGCACGAGAGUCUGGACGACCUUCAAGCGUCUACGUAUUUCGGCCCAACGACAGUGACGGAGUCGGUGAACACACGGAGGAGUACGGCUAGGCCGGGGAAGCAGCCAAUUUGGCCCGUGAAAAGCCUCAGUCUGAACGCUGAAGAAGGGCCACCGGAUUUCGAGAGGUCAUUUCUGAACGGGAAACCGCUGAAAGACAACCAUCGCCACAAUGUAGUGAAUAAAGAGAAUGAGCAGCACUUCCAGUGCGCCAAAGAGAAAGUGGUGGCCUCCCCUUCAGGGUUCGCAAAGAAAACCAACGGGUUGAAAACAAAGGAUAUGUCUUCAAUGGCGUGCGGUCCCGGGGUGGGUGUCGACAAAAGAGAGGUUGGGAAAAGAUUUAAAGAGAAAGGCAUCAACAGUACGUCUUUUCAGGGAGGUAACAUAGACAGCUCGUCCAGCGUAGGGACACAAACGGAGCAGGCCGAACAGAGGAAGCUAAAAGACUAUGCCGCCGCUCAUGCAAAAUACGGGGAGAGAGAGAGGCACUCGUGCAAACACUCGGAAGAGGACUCUGAGAUCAUCAGUGAUGACAUCAGUGACAUCUUCCGCUUCCUUGAUGACAUGAGCGUGUGCGACUCGCUGGGCGUCAUCCAAUCAUCGUGCUACAACAGCAUCGGAUCUCUCUCUCAGGUGACCAUGAAGUCUGACGGCGACAGCUCACCCGAAUGCAACACGGUCAAACUGGCCAAGUCCAAGCUGGACUGCCUCUUUCACUCCCUAGAGAACACGGACGACGAGCUCAAAUCGAGCGUCUGCAAGCUUGUAAUGAGGAUUGGUGAGAUCGAGAAGAAGCUGGAGUCUCUGUCCGGAGUCCGAGGGGAGAUCUCGCAGGUGCUCUCCAAGCUCACCAAACUCGACGAGAAGAUUCAGGAACCCGAAACCAACGGGAGACCAAGCGAAAAUGCUUUAGCCACCACUUCCACCCCAGAUCACCUUCACCCUGACCUCAACCUCUCGCCCCAUGUCUUUCAGUGCCACACGACAGGCCACAACAUCAAAGUGGACAACGGAUCAGUGGAGUGGGGCUGCUCAGACAGUGAGAGUCUGAGGGUCAAGGCAAUUAAGAAAAGUAUGUUCACGCGGAGGUCGUCACGCUCACUCAAUGAGGAGAACAGCGCCACGGAGUCAAAGGUGGCGAGCAUCACCAACUCACCACGGGACUGGAGGACGGUGUCGUAUACCUCGCACCAUGGGGAUGAGGGCAAAGACAAGGACAGAGACCGAGAAAGAGACACCAAGGACAGACACAGGAAAGCCAAAGAGUCAGAGCGGGAGCGCCAGUAUGAGAUCGCCCCCCAGGUCCACCGCUCCUCAAAGCCCCCCAAGGACUCCUACCUGGUGGAGCAGGUGUUCUCACCGCACCCCUUCCCCCCCUCCGUCAAGUCCCACAUGAAGGGCAGCCCCCUGUACACGGACCUCAGGCUCACAGGCCUGUCGGGUGACGGCAAACGGGGUCAGCCCUCCUGGACCAUCGAGGAGUACAAGCGCAAUGCGGGUGGCGAGAAAGGCAAGCAGCUUACCGCCCUGGACCUGCAGACGCAGGAGUCAUUAAACCCCAAUAACCUGGAGUACUGGAUGGAGGAUAUCCACACGCCGGGUUACGAUUCGCUGCUGAAGAGGAAGGAAGCGGAGUUUCGGAGAGCCAAGGUAUGCAAGAUUGGAGCGCUGAUUGCUGCAGCCGCCUGCACUGUGAUCCUGGUCAUCGUUGUGCCCAUAUGCACUAUGAAGUCAUGAAGUGCUCCAAGUCGUGCUCUACGAAGUGCUCAAAGUCGCACACUUUCCCUCUGCCCCUGUUUAUUCUGGCUAAUUGUAAAAGGACUGAAUACGUGUGAGCAAUAUGGUAUCAGUCCAAUUACAGGAGCAGCCCUCUGAUUGGCUAUGUGGACGUUUGAAGAGUGAGGUACAUGUAUUGUUUAAUGUGAAUCUGGCCUAUGUUCGUGGCAUUGGAAUCAAGUCUAUGUUCUUUUCUACAUGAUUUAGUUGUUAUGCCACGGGAUAGGGCAUUGGUAUUAGGCAAUCGUCAGGACACAUUCAAAAUGACUUUGUUCAGAGGGGAAUGUUGCAAGUUUGAUCUUUUCUAUUUAUUGUUGCCUAUAUUUACUUAUUGACAUUUAUGUAUUUAUGAUCAAAGACAGACGGUAUGCAACGGGAAUGUACACAAUGUCUACAGUAUAUCUUUUACAUUUAAAUGUAUAUUGUAUUGGUGUACGAUGUUCCAGAAUAUUACGAGUACAAUAUUUAUUUCACUUUUUCUCUUUGUUAAAGGGGCAAUCUGCAAUUCAAACAAAAAAAACAAAGCGGCUACCCAGCCAAUGUUUUUGUUAACUGAAACAGAUUAUCUGUACAGUAUACGGUCGACAGCUGAGUUUGUUUUUGUUAACUGAAACAGAUUAUCUGUACAGUAUACGGUCGACAGCUGAGUUUGUUUUUGUUAACUGAAACAGAUUAUCUGUACAGUAUACGGUCGACAGCUGGAUUUGUUUUUGUAGACAGCGUCUGAUAUUUUAUUUUAGUAUAAUUGCUGUAUAAUGUAUUUUAAUGAGAGUUAUUUUUUGAUGAAUUAUCUGGUAGAAUGUGAUGAGGUGCACCAGAUAUUAUUUAUCUUUAUCUAUAAUAAUAAUAAUAAUAACCAGAGUUUUAAUUCAUGGGAUUUUGUGCAAUGCCUUUUCUAAAUAGACAUACAGUAUAUUGAAGUACUGUAGUUGAAAUAGACGAAUAACAGGCAGUACAUACAGUAGAUUGUAAAAACAAUAUAAAACACUACAGAGCUAACCUGAAUGUAUUGAAAGUAGCAUUACUCACAGAGAGAGCAAAACACACAUAUCAUUUUUCAUCGUCUCUUGAGCAGAAUUGAGUUGAAUGUUGCACUCCUUUCCUUGCUUUAGAUAGUUUAACUACUAGCCAAAAGCACAUAGCUGCAGUAGGGAGCUCUGAAGUAGGGAGUUAUUCUUUGCCUUGUGAGAGUGUUUUAUACAGUAAAUACUUGACGUUUCUACUGUUGACUAACUGAGCACCUCUGGGAGAGACACUUGUAUUAGUUCAGUCAGCGGUAUCGACUGCACCAAUCUCCCAGGCUGUCAGAAACACUAACACUUGCAGAAGCUUCUUAUGAAGUGCUGUGUCACCUUAUAAAUAUUCAUAGCCCCUUCUAUAGAGCAUUAUGACAUGUUGUAUUAAUUAAGCAAUACGACACAAUAGGUUAUGAUGUAUCGUGGAUGUAUGACAUCUUAGUAGCCCCAUGCCUCGUUGCUUUACCUUACAGUUUCCUAACGGUCCAUGACUGCAUUCCAAUGUGGUUGGAAUGUGCUAUGAAUGUUUAUAAGGCAUUGUAACACUUCGUAAGAAUCUGAUUCAAGUAAAGAAACAGUCCCUCCACUCAAGCCCUGCCUACCCAUCUAGUCUCCUAAGAGGCCUUAGAACCACUGAAUGCAAACUGCCUGCCGUUAAGGUUGUGUCCCAAUAGUUUUGAAGAACGUCCUUGUCUCAUCAUCAACUGUAGCAGUGGUGAUGAAAGGAAGGAGAUGAAUAGGGGAAGCUAUUUCAUAUUUCUGAGACACAAUGUGAGAUUCACAUUUCCACUCAUGAACCUGAGCUCAGAGACAGUAGGCAAACCAAGAUGGCCGAUCACACACACGUCACCCAGUUAACCGUAAACCAGGGGAUGCUCUACUCCAGUCCUCCUUGGUUUCCCUCUCAAGUUAGUUCAUUUAGGCCGUGUUCCAGGCUGACUACAUUGCAGACUCCUGGCAGAUAUCAAAACGCCUGGAUAGAUGUUUAAGAUAUCAGCUAACCACAUCCUAUGAUAUAGCAAUUUGAUGCCUGACUGCAGUCGAUGACGUGGUAAGCAACCGUUGGUUGAUGCAAUGCAACGUCUGCAAUGUAGUUGGCUUGGAACACAACCUUUUAUGCUAGUGAUUUAUUUGCCACUUCAGGUGUUCCUGGCACAAAUGGGAGAGAACGUUGUCAUACUACAAAAAUUAACAUGAGGAAGUACGUACUUCAGGUUGUAAACAUUAGAAUUUCUGUUGUUUGAUAUAAUCGUUCAAAAGUAGACACAAUAACCUGAUAAUGAAGCACUGGACCACUCAGUUUGAUGUCAGGUUUGCCCGUUAGGAGAGGACUGGAGUUGAGCCCCCCACCUAAUGGGUGAAGGGUGAAGUUACUGCAGGUUGACGUUUAUUGUCAUGAGUCUUGUCCUGGAGGCAGAAUUGAGCGAAUCCUCCUUAGAUAGGUCGGAUGCGAAGUCAAAAUUGGCUAUAUUGUAAAAAUAUUAUUUAAGGUUAGGGUUAGGCAUUAGGGUUAGCAGUGUGGUUAACGUUAGGGUCAAAUUGUAUUACUUUGUGGCUGCACCCUCUAGUGACCACUCUGCAGAGCUGCCUCCAGAACAAGAUUCAGGAUGAAAAACGCUGACCUACGAAGAUGCCUCUAGAUGCUGAUUUUGGGUCACUUUAACAUUUUCCUUACCGAUGGAUUGGGGAGGGGAAUCUGAUCCUAGAUCUGUACCUAGGGGAAACUUCUCCCCUGAGCGGUGUAAUGAUUACCCAGUGGAUUUGCCUUCAACACAGGAACUGUGAGCCGCAGCACACUGUAGUAGUCUGUAAAUAGUUAGAUGCACACAUCAUGGCAACAGGUGUAAACUGGAAUAUACCACAAUAAAAGACAACUGUUCUGAC